AAUCAUUUCGACAUCGGCGUAAAAUAGUUUUAGAUAAAACGUUGUAAAGAGUACACAAAAAGAGUAAUUUUAAAGAAUGGCGGAAAAAGAAGUAUUGUUUACCACUCGUGUGCGUAAAGCGACAAGAACAAUUCAUUCAGUCAGUGACGCCUUGGUAAACGCAAAGUUUGCUAUUUCUUUAAGUGAUGAAACAGUGUGGGGUGGAGGUUUAUUUGUGUUUUAUCACAUAUUUGGGUUCCUUGAAGAUGCUAAGAAAAGGUUAAAUAUGACAGAUUAUGAGAAGUUAUUUGUGACUGAUGUACUACUCAGAAAAGAUGCUUUUGAAGAAGACUUGGUACAUUAUCUUGGUGAGAACUGGCAGUCUUUACCCAAAUCCUUGGCAUUGGAGAACUAUUUAGAACAUUUACAAAACCUUGAAAGAGAAAAUCCAAAACUUCUGAUGGCUUAUGUAUAUCACCUAUACUUAGGCUUAUUGAGCGGUGGACAGAUUCUUGCAAAGAAGAGAAAUGUUUUUGGUGAUGGUAAUUCAGAUAUGAAUAAAUAUAUUGACAGAGUGACAGACUUCACUAAUGUUGAUAUUGCUCAACUGAAGAAGGACUUCCGACAAGCAAUGAACGAGAUAGCAGAAAAAAUGACAGAAGAUGAAAAGCAAGCAUUUAUAGAAGAAAGUAGUCAAGUUUUUCUAAUGAACAAUUUGAUAGUUAACUCUGUUGGGGGUCAAAGCAAAGUUCUCUAUAAUAUAUUAUAUAAAACUUCAGCAAUAGUUCUGCUUUUAGCUGGUGUGAUGUUGGCUUACAGAUUGAACAAAUAAAAUAAAAAAAUUGGCACACUAUUAAUCUAGAAAUAGCUGAUUAAUUUGUUACUUUGUUGUAUUAUUGAAACUUUGUAUAUCCUACAUUCAUGCAAUAAUUAAUAAGAAGUCAUGCAAUAUCUACUAAUUAUAGAAUCUACAACAUAUUAAGCUUAAUAUAUCACCAAGCAUGACACGUUUUUUCUAUCUUUGUUAACUUGAAUACUAUAUAAUGUAGUUGAAAAUUACUCUUUUGUGUAAGCUAUUGUAUUUUAUAUUUGUUAGAGUUUAUUAUGGACAAUUUAUUAUUAAAUAGUUGACUUGAAAAGUUUAUGUAAAGUACUUUAGUAAAGGGCUUCUAGUUUUGUUUUUUUUUGUAUUAUUAUUAUUAAUAAGAGUCUGAUUAAGAAAAUUCUCCACAUUGAAGUUAAAUUGAUCUACACUUGGUAAGCCCUUAUUUACAGCGUGAUAGUAGUAUUGUCGUUAUUAAUAAAAGACUGAUUAAGUA